GGAGCGAAGAACUGACAAAAAUGGAGAGGAUGGAUCUAUCCCUGACCUUAGACUCUCGUGACGAAGCUACGAUCGUCAAGGAGGAUGGACCGGAUGGGUUUUCCGCGGAGACUAUUUUCAAGGCCACUACGGGUUGCCAAGGCCUAACGUACGAUGACGUCAUCCUCAUGCCCGGCCACAUCUCCUUCUCGGCGGAAGACAUCGACCUAGAAUCCCACGUCACCAAGAACAUCAAGCUCAAGACCCCGUUGGUGUCUUCCCCAAUGGACACUGUCACGGAAGCCGCGAUGGCGAUUCAGAUGGCCCUGCAUGGCGGUCUCGGCGUGAUCCACUACAACAUGCCCAUCGCGGAGCAAGCCGCCAACGUCCGGGAGGUGAAGCGGUACAAGAACGGUUUCAUCAUGGACCCCCUGUGCUUCACGAAGGACCACACGGUUCAAGACGUGCGGGACAUGAAGGCCCAGCAGUCGUUCAGCGGCAUCCCCAUCACGGAGGACGGUAAGAUAGGCUCCAAGCUCUUCGGCAUCGUCACACGACGAGACAUCGACUUCAUCGCCGACCCCUCCGUCAAGCUCUCAGAGGUGAUGACGAAGAAGAUGGUGACGGCGAUGGAGCCGGUGGGCCUGGAGGAGGCCAACGCUCUUCUCAAGUCUAGCAAGAAGGGCAAGCUUCCCGUCAUCAACGCUGAUGGAAACCUGGUAGCGUUGAUAUCGCGCACGGACCUGAUCAAGAACAGAGACUUCCCCCUGGCGACGAAGGAUGACAACAAGCAGCUCCGCUGCGGUGCCGCCAUCGGGACACGCCCGGAGGACCGUGAUCGCUUAGCUGCCCUGGCAGAGGCGGGCGUUGACGUGAUCGUGAUCGACUCCUCCCAGGGAGAUUCGAUGUACCAGCACGAGAUGGUCAAGUUCAUUAAGUCUUCGUAUCCCGCGAUUGACGUAGUCGGCGGGAACGUGGUGACGGCCAGGCAGGCCGCCAACCUCAUCAAGUCCGGCGUAGAUGCGCUUAGGGUUGGCAUGGGCGUCGGGUCUAUUUGCACUACACAGGAGCCUCGCCUCGCGAGCAGUGUAUGCAGACCGAUGGCCAUCAGGUGUCCGCGUUGUGGACAUGAGACUGAUGGACGGAUGUGGGUCGUCCAUGCCAUCAGGACGACUCUGUCCCUAGAAGGGAAGAUAGCGAGCUUAAGUGGUCACACAGCCUUUCAUGAGAUCCUGGGGAGAGUAACACAAGGGCGUUUAACAGAUGGAACCCCGUGUAUCAUCCGAAGAAUAUGGAUGCAUACCGUAGACGCUACCGCGUGGCGCGGCAGCGAGCUACUCACCUUCACUGCGAUGUUAUGUGUGACCUACACCGCGAUACAGGUUUGCGCUGUUGGGCGCGCCCAAGCCUCUGCUGUAUACAACACCAGCCGCAUUUCUCGGAAAUUUGGGGUGCCUGUGUGGGCGGAUGGAGGAAUCGCGGCUACAGGCCACAUCGUUAAGGCUCUGGCGAUGGGCGCGGGUGUUGUAAUGAUGGGUUCGAUGCUGGCGGGUACCGAGGAGGCCCCCGGGGAGUACUUCUUUCAGGAAGGCGUUCGUCUCAAGAGGUACCGUGGGAUGGGAUCGAUCGAGGCAAUGUCCAAGGGCUCAGAGAAAAGGUACUUCGCAUCUGGAGCCAAGGUUAAGGUCGCCCAAGGGGUGUCCGGGGCCGUGGUGGACAAGGGCUCGCUCAGGAAGUACCUUCCGUACCUCAUUACAGGCCUCCGGCAUGGCAUUCAGGCGAGAAGCAACAGAGAAAACGGACGAGACCAGAGAACACGAUAG